AUGUGGGCGGCUGUUGUCUUCUCCGCCGCUGCGCUGGCUCUUGGGUAUGCGCAGACCGCUGUCAACCGCUUCCCCGAUGGUUUCAUGCUGGGGACGGGUUCGAGUGCUUACCAGGUGGAAGGCGCCUGGAAUGAGGACGGAAAAGGCGAGAGCAUCUGGGACCGGAUGACGCACGAAAAUCCGGAGUACGGCCUAGGCGACGGAAACGGCGACGUGGCAUGCGACUCGUACCACAAGUACGAGGAGGACGUGCAGCUGCUCAAGGCCCUGAACGCGGACGUGUACCGUUUCUCCAUCUCCUGGCCGCGAAUCCUGCCCACUGGAGACCUCGACGUUAUCAACCAGCUUGGUAUCGAUUACUACAAUAACCUCAUUAACGAGCUGCUAGCGAACGGAAUCCAGCCCAUGGUGACGAUGUACCACUGGGACCUGCCACAGGCGCUGCAGUAUAUCGGGGGAUGGACCAACCCGCUGCUCGCUGACUACUUCGUGGAGUACGCGAGGGUGCUCUUCGAAAACUUCGGAGACAGAGUGAAGUGGUGGGUCACCUUCGACGAGCCGGCCCAGUUCGUCAGCGGCUACGCGGACAACCGCGACUACGCGCCGUCGCAGAACGCGUCGGGCGUCGGCGACUACCUGGCCACGCACACCGUGCUCAGGGCGCACGGCCGCGCCUACCGGCUCUACGACCGGCUGUACAGGGCCGCGCACAACGGCAGUGUGGGCAUCGUGCUGGACAUACAGUUUGCUGAGCCGGCGGUGAACGACAGCGAGCACCGGGCCGCCGCAGACAGGGAGCUGCAGUUCAACGCUGGAAUAUUUGCACACCCCAUCUUCACCAAAGAAGGCGAUUACCCAGCAGUGGUUCGGCAGAGGGUGGAUGCCAACAGCGCAGCAGAGGGGAGGCCCCGGUCACGGUUGCCAACUUUUACACAGGAAGAAAUUGAUUACAUUAGAGGUUCCGCUGACUUCUUCGGAGUGAACAACUUUCGCACUGGCUACGUGUCUCCAUCUGACAUUGGAAUAUCGCCAUCGAAAGCCAAGGACACAGGCGUUAUUGUCGGCACUAGUGAGCGUAGUGCAGAAGGAUUUCGAAAGCUGCUCAACUGGAUUGCUGCUGAAUAUCCAGGCUAUCCGAUUAUCGUGACAGCGAAUGGACUACCAGACUCUGGAGGUGUUAACGACCAGAACAGAAUUUAUACUUACACAAGAUUUUUGACAGCGUUGCUUCAGGCUGUCAACACGGAUGGAGUUCCAGUAGUUGGUUAUCAUGCUUGGAGCCUUAUGGACAGCUUUGAAUGGAACUACAGAUUCGAAGUAAAACGCGGGCUGUAUGAAGUUGACUUUGAAAGUACAAACAAAACCAGAACGCCGAAAGCAUCAUUGGCCUUCAUGUCGCAGAUCUACAAGAGCAGAGAACUGCCCCUGGAGCACUUCCAGUAGACGUUUCCGGAGUCGCUACUGCAGCUUGCGAAGAUUCAUAUUUU